UACGAUAAUGUGCACGGUGUCAGUCGGUUAAGGAAGCUCAUUGAAGAUGGCCACAUUGUCCAUAGAACAAGGUUUACUAAGAGGCGGCAAAUCAACAACAAACAAUGGAUUUGAGUAUUUUGAGUUUUUGGGAAUACCAUACGCAAAGCCGCCUGUUGGAGACUUAAGAUUUAAGAGUCCUCAACCGGCAGAAAAAUGGGACGGUGAAAGAGAUGCGACAAUCUCAAGCAAAGAAAAUACAGCGUUACAAAUGGAUUUGAUCGAGAGUUCUGGAAUUGGGGGAAGUGAAGACUGUCUCUACCUCAACGUUUAUACUCCAAAAAUAACUGAAAACGAGUCAGAAUUGCUUCCAGUAAUGUUCUUUAUACAUGGAGGUGGAUUUGUGCAUGGAAAUGGCAUCCUAAAGAAAGACAAUGGUCCAGAUUAUCUCAUCGAACACAAUACGGUUAUAGUCGUAAUCAAUUAUAGAGUAUCCAUUUUAGGAUUUCUGUCUUUAGACAUCCCAGAAGUAGCUGGAAAUAUGGGUUUGAAAGAUCAGGUCAAAGCUCUUGAGUGGGUGCAAAAUAACAUAAUACAUUUUGGUGGUGACAAAAAUAAUGUCACCAUAUUUGGCACAAGCGCCGGUGCUGCGUCCGUAGACUAUCUUAUCGUUUCACCAAAAGCGAAAGGACUUUUUCAUAAAGCCAUCCUCCAUUCAGGCUCUUGCUUAAAUCAUUGGGCCGUUAACUAUGAGCCGAAGAAGUUAGCGUAUAAAGUAGCCGAAAAAUUGGGAUACAAAGGAUCUUUAGAAGAUGUCAAUGCUUUAAAAGAAUUUCUGUUAAGUAUUCCAGGAUCGGAUCUAACAGAGACUGCCUAUAAUAUUUGUCAAACAUGUACAGAUAAACAUCUUUUAUUUGGAUUUGUUCCAACAAUUGAAAAAGAUUUCGGCAAUGGAGAAGCUUUCCUAACAGACCAUCCAUAUCGCUUACUGAAAGAAGGUAUUUUCAAUCAAGUACCAGUUAUUAAAGGAUUCUGUAACAAGGAGGGUUACUUAAUGAACGCUGUUAAUCCCAAGGGAAUAUUAGAUGUGUUACAGAAUAAAAACUUUGUUGAUCAUUGGCCAUUUGAACUGGACACAGAUGAUAAAAUCAAAUACAGCAGGAAAACGAAGACGUUACUCGCUUAUACAAGGAAUAUACAACCUGGAGAUGACCAUGAUAAAAUAGCAAUUGACUUCUUUAGUGACUUAGACUUUGUAUCAGGUAUUUGGAUAAGUGGAAAGCUAAUGGCUCGAAAAGGAGUGCCUGUUCGCUUUUAUGAAUUCUCUUAUGAUGGUAAAAUAAACUACCUUAAAAUGUUAUUUGGUAUCAAGAGGAAUGGUGCAGGUCACGCUGAUGACCAUUCUUACAUUAUAUGUGAAGAUUCAACAAAAAAAGCUCAUGGCCUUGACCUCAUUAUACGAAAUACAAUGAGUCAAAUGUGGACCAAUUUUGCCAAAACGAGUUGCCCAACUCCGCAAGACAGUUUAAAUAAUUUAGUGGAAUGGCCUGUGUAUACGGAAAACAAUCCCGUAUAUUUAAGGAUUGACAAAAAAAUUGAGGUACACAGAAACUAUGAACCACAAAGAAUGGCUAUUUUUGAAGAUAUUUAUGAGAAGUAUGAAAAAUAAUCAGCGCGAUAGCUGAAUUUCCAGAUAUUAAGCAAGAUUUUUUAUUAUAAAAACCAUACCCAAAGCAGUGUUACAUUAGAAUGGAAAAUGUGAACACAAUCUUUUUAUUUGUAAAUAACUGAAAGCUAGUGCUAAAAAUUUCAUCAGUGUACAAUUUAAAAAAUCUAGUAAAAAAUAUAGUCUAUGCAUUAUGUAGUAUUCUAAUGAUGAAAGAAUUUUUGAA